UAUGUUACAGUGAAAGCUGAAUAUUAGUCAAGGUGUACCGUCGCUAGUGAUUGUCGACCUUCACUGAAAUGACCAGUGAAUGUUGAUAGUAGAAAAUAUAUAUCAGCUUUCACUAGGGAAGGUGAACCUUCACGGAAUCAGCCUAGGGAAUGUUGAACAUCUGGCGGAUGUGCACGGCGGGCGAACGACCUUGACCUGGUGCCAGUGAUGUCUGGUGUCUGCAGCAUUGUGCAUAUUACAUUCCCGCCCAGCCGGCCGUCAGUGUUGGUGAGGUUAUGUUAUUGUGCAACUGUGUGUUAUAUCCUGAUGUGGUAUUUUAAUUCUGAAGGUGGUGCGCUUAUGUUUUAAAGUGGUUCAGUGUUAAUGAACGAUAAUGUCUAAAUCUGCGCAGUUUUACGAACUACUUAAAGAUGAGCGUGAAAAUUCCAAGUUGAAUUGUGUUUCAGUGAAUAAGGUGAAGUAUGAGCUUCUUAUUGAUAAGGUUAAGACUGUAAAAAUAAAAUCUAAUAAGGAUGGCAAUGACUACCGGUUUUUGAAAAGGUAUGAUGUUAUUGAGGUGAAUGGAAUCACCAAAUUAAUAUCCCCAGUAACUGAACAAGAUAGCAUCAAGUAUUUUAUAUGCGAUGAAGAUCUUUUUCAGAUAUUAAAUGAUGCUCACAUUACAACCGGACAUGGUGGGCGAGAUCGCAUGGUGAAACAUUUAAAAACAAAAUACAAGAAUAUAACCUACAAGGAUAUAUCAAUCUUUCUAAGUCUCUGCGAGCCUUGCCUACAGAAACAAAAAAGCCUAAAGAAAGGUAUUGUAGUUAAGCCGUUGCUUUUUAAAGAGUUGAAUCAUAGAUGCCAAGUUGAUUUAAUCGAUUUCCAAUCGCAGCCAGACGGCGAGUAUAAAUUUAUAUUAGUGUACCAAGAUCAUCUCACAAAGUUUGUUGUUCUCAGAGCACUAAAGUCUAAAACAGCUGAUGAGGUUUGUGAAAAUAUAAUAGAUAUUUUUACUUUGCUAGGCGCCCCAACAGUAUUGCAGUCAGAUAAUGGACGGGAAUUUGUGAAUAAAAUUAUUAAUGGAUUAGUUGAUUUUUGGCCUAAUUUUAAAAUUGUCCAUGGGAAACCAAGACAUAGCCAAAGUCAGGGCAGUGUCGAAAGGGCUAACCAGGAUGUGGAAAAUAUGCUUACCAUAUGGAUGCAUGACCACAAAUCUUCUAAUUGGAGCUACGGUCUGAAGUUUAUUCAGUUGAUGAAAAAUAGUGCUUUACACAGCGGCAUAAAAAGAACACCGUAUGAAGCCAUGUUUGGAUGUCCACCUAAGCACGGAUUAGCUACUUCCAGUAUCCCUACUGAAGCUUUAACAAAUGUAGAGUCUGAAGAAGAUCUUGAAGCCGUUAUUAGGGACAUUACUGUUAGUGGUGAGCACGAUACAGGUGAAAAUAUACAGGAAACCUCCAGUACACUUGAAAAUGAGGGUGAUUUGAGUGUUACAGAGAACAGCGAAGACCAACACUUAGAAGGUACUAGUUACCUUUUAACUGACCUGGACAAAUCAACUAUGGACAUUAAAAGACAACGAGAUGAAGCAUUCAAAUGCCUAACAGAUCAAGCAAAACGUAUGAAAAGUACAUCUGACCAUAAACUACAACCUGUUGACAAAGGUUGCACUGUGAGAGUUCCUGUUCCUGAUGUGGACCGAGGCCGAGGGGAUGCACGGUCAAUUCUUGGCGUUGUGUUGGAUGUAGUGGAUAAUGGAUUUUACCGCAUAGGAACCAGAGAUGGUGUUCUGAAACAGCUGUAUGCUCGAUCCCAGUUUAAUACUUGUCCAGUAAACAUUAUAAAAGAAGAUGAAAUUCCAAUGGAAAAGACACUUACUUUACGAACAGUUGCUACUACUCAGUCAACCGGAAGUGGGCAAGGAUUUUUUAAGUGCAGUUGUAACAAGAAGUGCCAAACAAAGAAGUGUUACUGCAUAAAAAACAAUGUUUUAUGCAAUUCCAAAUGCCAUAAAGCAUUAUCAUGUUGCAACAAAUAAUUUUAUUAUUGUUGACUAUAGUAUUUUCGUCUCUAUUAUAGUCUUUAAAUUGUAGACUAUAG